CAAAAAACCUUCAACGGCUCAUUCUUCCACGAAACCAAAUUUCGCGCAAAACCUUCCCCGGAAGUCGAUCACGUUUGGGAUAGCUUAGGGAUAAAUUAUCGAAGUAUCCUCAUCCCGCCACACCUCGCACCAAAUCUCGGUUUGAGACAUCGUGAACAUGUCCAUGCAAAGAGGAAAUAUGGAGGAGGAUAUGUGGCGAAUUUGGAGGGUUUGCAUCAUUUGCAUUGUCUUAAUUUAUUGCGUCAAGCUCUUUAUUGGAAUUUCCCGUAUUAUCAUAAUCGUGGCGAAGGGGCGUUUCGAAAUGAUGAGGGGAUUGUGGAGAGGCAUGUUACGCACUGCCUAGAUAUUCUUCGACAGCAACUACAAUGCACGAUAGAUGUAGGAGUCAUGGGACAAAUUUGGUAUCAACCAUCAACAACAUCGCCAUCGCCCGGGGGACAGCAGCAGCAGCAGCAGAAAAAACCUCAACCAUUUGUGGAUUUCAACACAAAGCACACAUGUCGUAACUUCGAAGAAAUUCGUCAAUGGGCUUUUACGCAUCAAAUUCAAGAGCCGACUCCCCAGGACUUUUUGGAGCCGCCAGGUGCGGAAGAUACGAUAUAUCAAAAUAUUCCAUAG